AUGAAGUUCGCUGCGGGAAACGUUUUGGCUCUCCUUUUCGCUGUUGCUAGCGCUCAGCAGGACCCUCAACACUACCGGCACCUCAACGCCGAAUGUGUCAAGAACCGUGAUUGCUGUCCGUGUGACACGGGAUCCGGGGCUUCUAUGUACUGCCUACCGGAUUCUACCUCCUGGACGAAGUACCGCUGCCUGCACUUCGGGAACCCUUGGGCUUUUUGCCAGAAGAACAAAGGCCAGUGCGGCGAUUGGGAUCACCUGCAGUAA